AUGGUGAAGAUUUGGUUCCAAAAUCGUCGCAGCAAAUACAAGAAGAUGAUGAAAGCUGCACAGGUUGGAGCCCCACCACCAAGCCUCGGUCUACCGCCCAGCAGCCCGCCCAACAACAACCAACUAUUACAUGGAGGCGGUGGGAGUUCUAGCGGGUCUCAACACUCCCCCUCAGCGUACCAGAGUGGAGGACCAGCGCAGGCGCACUCUCCCACACCUAGCUCCACCCCGGUAUCGGAGCUAUCCCCAGGGUUGUCACCCACCGGGACCCCGUGGGAUGUGAAGCAGCCACCACAGCCGUCUUGGGAUAUCAAGGUCGGAUAUCCGACGGCAGGACGGUCGCCUGACGGCAGCUCGUGCGAUGUUAAGCCACCACAUCAACAAUCAUGGGACCCUAGGGUCGGAUAUGAGGGUUAUUUCGCGCCUCAAUCUGAUGACAUUGAAGGAUCACCAGGCGCAGACGGCAUGAGGGGCCGACCUAUGCCUUGGAUGCUGAAGGGCGCGCCGCCCGGCCCUUGGGACAUGAAAGGCGCGCACGCCGCCCACGCAUUGCACCAUCAGGGGGCGCCUCAACCUCAUCCGCCCUACGUGCCACAGUACUCGUGGUAUCAAACCGAUGCCAACCCUGGAUUACUCACGGCCCCGUCUGUGGUGGUACACCACUGUCUGUGGUGGCUCUUUGAGGCGCGCGCGGAACGCUACGCGCCGUACGCUCGGGCCUGGUUCUGGUCGGGCGGCGAGCUGCCCUUAAUCGCCGACCGCAGGCCCGUGCUUACGGUGGCCGGAGAUCGUCCCUUGAUCCCCGACGCCCGUAGUGUCGCCAGUUGCAGCUGCUGGGGCGUGAGGAGGAAGAUUGCUCCCUCACGCGGGCCGUCUCUCUCUUCCUCACGCGGGCCGCCUCUCUCUUAG